CCCAGGCUGGUAAGCUGCAGGGUGAUGUGGGUGUUUCAGUCUCACAACUCCCCCCAAAAUAAAAGGGAAGUUUAGAGCUCCACCUCAAGAGGCUGGGCUUCUGGGGCCCAGAACACCCCUCCCUCACCAUAGGGCAAGAUAUAAAAGUCCCUCCCCAGCUACUUCCAAAGAAGAGCAGGAGGAGGGGAGAGGUCAGCUUGGGGUCCUUCCAGUGAGAAGGGGGCAAGAGACUCCACCGCUUUGCAAGACGUGGGUGUUGCUCGUUGCCCCACUGUGGCUGGGGGUCUCAUUGUGGAGAUGGAGCUGCUCCUGGCCCUGGCGGGGGUCGUAGCCACACUGGUCCUGGCCCAGCCUUGUGAGGGCACUGCCCCAGCAGCUUCCCCCAUGGCAGUGGAGACAUCGGUCCUUCAGGACUGCGUGAAAGAGGCCAAACUGCUGGUGGAUGCCGCUUACAACCGCACUCAGGAGAGCAUCAAGCAGCGCCUUCGAAGCGGCUCUGCCAGCCCCAGGGACCUCCUGUUCUACUUCAAACAGCCGGUAGCAGCCACCAGGACAAUUGUGCAGGCAGCUGAUUAUAUGCACGUGGCCUUGGGGCUGCUGGAGGAGAAGUUACAACUCCAGGGGUCCAGCUCCUUCAAUGUUACUGAUGUGCUAACAGAAUCCCAGCUGUGGCUGCUGUCCAAGGCCAGUGGCUGUGUGGUCCAGAGCCAGGAGGAGAAGUGCAGGAAUGACUAUCGCACCAUCACUGGGAGAUGCAACAACAGGAGGAGACCCUCGCUGGGGGCCUCCAACACCGCCCUGGCUCGCUGGCUGCCAGCUCAGUACGAGGAUGGGCUGUCGCUCCCCUUUGGCUGGACCCCUGGCAAGAGGCGCAAUGGCUUCCUCCUCCCUCUGGUCCGGGCCGUCUCCAACCAGAUCGUGCGCUUCCCCAGGGAGAGGCUGGCCUCCGACCAGGGCCGGGCACUCAUGUUCAUGCAGUGGGGCCAGUUCAUCGACCACGACUUGGACUUUGUCCCUGAGUCCCCAGCCCGAGUGGCCUUCACUGCAGGCGUUGACUGUGAGAAGACCUGCGCCCAGCUGCCCCCCUGCUUCCCCAUCAAGAUUCCGCCCAAUGACCCCCGAAUCAAGAACCAGAGAGACUGCAUCCCUUUCUCCCGCUCGGCACCCUCCUGCCCCAGGAAGAACGUCAUUCGAAACCAGAUCAACGCCCUCACCUCCUUCUUGGACGCCAGCAUGGUGUACGGCAGCGAGGUCUCCCUCGCCCAGCGCCUCCGCAACCGGACCAACUUCCACGGGCUACUGGCCACCAACGAGCGCUUCAGUGACAACGGCCGGGCCCUGAUGCCUUUCGACAACCUGCACGACGACCCCUGCCUCCUCACCAACCGCUCUGCACGCAUCCCCUGCUUCCUGGCAGGUCAGACGGGAGGGUGGGGAGGUGGUGUUUCCUAGGACCCCCAGUCCCUGGCUUCCGGACUGGGAGGC